AGUGAUUUCUUUACCAUUGCCGGCUGACUGAAGGUUUUUCAAGAGAACUCAUUUGAUUUCGGGAAAUCCCAGGAAAUCGACUUGCAUUCCAGAGUUUUUCAAUCGCAAUGAGUCGCGAAGUACUGUCUCCGCCCGUCCAAGCCAUGAACCAAAACCGGCGCUAUAGGGUUAACAUCGUGCACGAAGCCUUUGGUGGCGACAAGUGGAAUGGCCAAAAUAAACGGUUCCAUGGAGAAAACAAGGCCUACGAGGAGCCAGAUUUAUAUGGCGAAGAUGAUGACGAGGAGGAUCCGGCUGCCAAUAACAUUGCGGAGUCAUCAAGUGGCGAAUUCAAGCUGGCUCUUCAUGUGCCCAAAUCAUUCUAUGGAGGUCUAAUUGGCCUCAAGGGUUCCACAAAGCGUCGCAUCGAAGAGGAGACCCGAACAGAGCUCUAUGUUCCACGUCAGAAUGAGAGAUCCAACGACGUCAUUAUCAAGGGCAAGCAACGCAGUCAGGUAUGCGGUGCACUGCGUCAAAUCCGGCACCUUAUCACCUCCCUGCGAAAGAAGAUGAAGCCCACCCACUUCUUGGCCGUGGCCCUGAACUCCGGCGAAGUCCAGGAGCGUUAUGCAGAACUUAAGAAAAGCAUUUUGGAGGCCCAGUUGCCAGGCAUUGACAAGGAGUUAUUCAUGCCGGAGAGCAGUAUCCACCUUACCUUAGGUGUCUAUGUGCUCUUGGAUGAUAAUGAACGCCAAAGGGCUCUCAAGGAGCUGGAGGCCUGUCGCUCCCUAUUGACGGAACUGAAAACGCCUUUCGAAUUGAAAGUCAAGGGCCUGGAGAUUAUGAACGACGAUCCCAGCUCCACUCGCAUCCUAUACGGCCGCAUCGAGUCACCGGACCUGCAGAAGUUCGCAGACCAGUGUUUGGCCCACUUCCAGAGUACCGGACUGUGCGCCACGGACAACAACGAACGGGAAUCCAUCAAACUACAUAUGACACUCAUGAACAACCGCUACCGCAAGGAGGCAAUGAAGUCGGGAAACAGCUUCGAUGCCCGCGAGAUACUGAAGCGUUUUGGGGACUUUGACUUUGGAGCAGCUCAGUGCAAGGCGGUGCACCUGUGCGUGCUGAAAUCCCGCAGCGAGGACGAGUUCUAUAAAAUAACCGGCAGUUUGGAGUUUUAAGAACCCGUUGUACAUCCAUCUGCUUUAUGAAAGCUCAUUUCAACGAGCCCCGUAUAAAUACAAAUGGGGUUUCCCAUGUGAAUAAAUGAAAUUACAGAUUUUUUAAACAA